AUGAGUCAAGCAUUUAUUAUUGCCCCACAUCCAUCACGAUUGUUUGCCCAAUAUUCACGAUAUGUACCACUACCACAACAAGCAACUCUGCAACAGCAACAGCAACAACAACAACCACAGAACAAUCGAAUAAGAUCCACCAUACGACGACAAGUGCUCAAUGAUGAUUUUUUUGACGAUAUUGCAUUGUCCAGAAAAGAAAUUGAAUCCUUGACCAUACCCGGCUUGAAACAACAGCUGAGGCUAAGAGGACUCAAAGUAUCGGGAAAGAAACAAGAUUUGGUGGAUCGACUGCUCAAAUGUACCGGAGUUGUUCGUGAAGGAGUGGGACUCAAAGCAGAACCUUCCGUGCCACAAGCAGAAGAUGGCGAUGAGGAGGAGCUGAUUACGCCAGAUGUCAUGCCAUCUGAUGCCAAGGCGACUCAAAAGACAAAGGCGCAAAAAUUUGCAGAAGAAACAGGAAAGGAAUUCAUUGAUGUGACGGCCUAUCUAGAUGACGAUGAGAUGGGACAAAACGUAAAGUCCUCCAUUCCCCUCCAAAAAGAAGAAGAGCCCGAAGGCAAUCCCGAAUCGUCCAAUCCAGAAGUCUGGGGUACCGACGCUAAGAUUGUCGAAGAUUUUGAAGGUAGCAGUCCAAUAGUGGACGCUCUGUCUCGUACCAUUAUCGAAUACAGAGGAUCCAACCAAACCUUUGUCCAAGCUUACGUGGUGGCCAGUCGGGACGCACUCAAACCAUUCUUGGCCGGUGCCAAUCGGACUACCAACCCGGAAGAAGCUCUCAAAGAAAUUCAAAUGAGAAGGGAACAGGCCAGUAGACGACCCAUCAAAGUUGACGACCAAGAGGGCUUGGAUGAGGGAGAUGAAUUUGGAAUCUUUGACAAUAUUCUGCAUCGAGACUUUUCCGAUUGGGGCGAAUACACCCUCACGGGGGCCCAACUGUCGGCGCAAGAAGUCCAAGGAGUCUUGUUGCUCAGCGAUGUCUAUGGAGCUUACACCGACGAUACCAAAAUGUUGGCGGAAAAGAUUGCCUUUGAAUGUCAACCAGUAGUUGUUUUAGUUCCUGAUUUGUUUCGAGGCAAGCCAUGGAAGGAAGAUCCAAACACUCCUGGCUUUAAUGAAAAGGGUCAAGAUUACGAAGAAUGGCGAGCCCAACAUUCGGACAUUCGUGUCAAUGUUGAUAUUCGGGCGGCUGCAGCAGUCCUUCGCGAACAAUAUGGGGUCAGCUCGGUCGCCGUUUGGGGUACUUGUUAUGGUGGUGGACGUGCCUUGGAGGCGGCUGCGGGAUAUCUGCCCGAUGGACAAAUCCAUGAUGUGAAUGGUGCGAUUGGGCCCGUUCUGGUCAAACCCGAUGUGGUCGUUUCCUGGUAUCCCACACGGUACAAUGCCAAGGCACUCUUUGGACCAGAUCGUGCAAACCUGGGAGAAGUUCCCACCGACGACGACAAAGCACAACGGAAAAUGGCCGUCAUGGGAGUCUUUGCUGGCAAUGACGAGCUAUCGGGGGCUACUGCAGAGGACGCAGCAGAGUUGAAGUCUCUCUUGGAAAGUGAUGAGCGAGUGAAGGAUCUCAUGGUCAAGGUAUUCCCGAACCAAGACCAUGGAUUCGCACACAUUGGAUUGAGCGAAUCAUCGUCGGACGAAUCAUCGGAGUUUGAACGAUUCGUCGACAAUGAAUUUGGGGGAUCCGGCCGAGUUGGGAUGGAUGAUGGAGAUGCCGAAGUAGCAUGCCUGUUGUCGACAGCCUUUAUGGAGACGUACAGCCGCGUUUUCCUUCCUACUACUGGACCUCCAAUCAGCAGUGAUGAUUUGGCUUCUGGUUGGAGUGCUGAUUUGGAUAUACCCGAGUUUCAGUCGAGAGAUAUACGGCAAGAGAUUGAAGAUUCACUCGAUAACUUUGUCGAAGAGCCGCUCGGUGGAAAGAGAUUUGAUCCCAACAAUGACGAUCAACGAGAUGAAUUGGCAGACAUGCUGCGGAACAUGGAAGAUCCAAAUGUGCCGGUCGAAUACAAGAUUGAAGAUGGCGAUACGAUUGAAAUCAUGUAUGCCAAGCUAAAGGCAUAUGAUUCAAAGUUCCAGAUAUUUUAG